CGCCCUAUGACAGCUGAACUGUCAAUGUCUCCAGCAACAACAAAUGUAACCUGAUCAUAACAAAAUGAGAUUUUCGUUUUUAUUUCGCUUCCAAAAUGCAUUACUAACAAAUGCGUGCCGUAAAUAUUCAACGGAGGCGUUACCGAGAGCUCUGAGGAGUUUGAAAGCGAAAUCCACUCGUAAUACUGUCCAGUACUACGUAGACUCUUGCAGAGUUCGAGCGGUAGCUGGAAAUGGAGGUGAUGGCUGUAUUUCUUUCCUCAGUGCUUGGUGCAAGGAUCAGGCGGGACCGGAUGGAGGUGACGGGGGUCACGGAGGACACGUCAUAUUCCAGGCGACCCACUCAAAGAAGAGUCUGAACCACUGUCAUUCAGUCAUCCAAGCGAAGCACGGUGGCCGUGGUAUGAACAAAGACUGCACCGGAAAGACAGCAUCACACCAAGUUGUCGAAGUGCCACUCGGAACUCUCAUACGAGACGGCACAGGACGGGUGGUGGGGGAUCUCCAAGAAGAAGGGUCGAUGUUCGUAGCAGCUCGUGGAGGAGCCGGUGGGAGAGGGAAUAAGUUCUUCCUAACAUCAACCGAACAGGCUCCGAGUGUAGCAGAAUUGGGUGCUGUUGGUGAAACAUUGACAUACACGUUGGAGGUGCGAUCGAUGGCUCACCUCGGUUUGCUCGGAAUGCCUAAUGCUGGGAAAAGUACUUUGCUACGAGCUGUGACAAGAGCCAGACCGAUGGUUGCCCCCUAUCCAUUCACAACACUCCGACCACAUAUAGGUAUGGUGCCAUAUGAUGACUAUGAACAGGUCGCUAUAGCUGAUCUGCCAGGAUUGAUAGCGGGUUCACAUAAAAACCACGGUCUAGGUAUCCAAUUCUUGAAGCACGCUGAGAGAUGUCGCGGCCUGAUCUUCCUUCUAGACGGUUCUGAUUCGCCUCUGGAUCAGUACCAGAUAUUGAAUCACGAACUGUCACAAUACAGCGAAAAUUUAUCACAGAAGCCGAGAUGUGUAGUAAUCAAUAAAAUAGAUUUACCCCAAGCCAAGCAGAGCUACGAUGAAAUCAAAGAUAGCAUGCAAGUUAUAGGAAUAUCCGCGAAGAAUGGCAUCAAUCUAGCGGAGUUGUUGCGCGUGUUCCGCAAUAUGUACGAUCAUGAAGUCGACUGAUUUGUUAUAAUAUCGUUAAAAUCUAAUUAAGAAUUAAUUGUAAAUAUAAAAAUAAAUCGAUA